AUGCAAAGACAAAGCAUGUUCUACUGCGACGGGACCCUAAUCCCCGAACCCGAACACAACCCACGCCAAGUGAACAACUGGGUCACUGUCUUCCUUAACGCCCGCGACUCGACAGCCUCCGAUGAAGACCUGCUACGUCUAGUCGCAACCUACAUCCGCACCGGCGCUGCGACUAUCUCCGUCCGUCCGAUGCACCACGCAUACCCUCUGUGCAUCUCUAUCAAGGUGCCUGGGAAUUAUCAUUCGAACAAGGCUUCGAUUUAUGCCGCUGCGGAGUUGCAGGCAGAUCAUUAUCGGCAGGAGGUUGUGGCGGGGAGGGUGAGCAUUAAUCGUGAGAUGCUUUUUCGGAAAUAUUGA